AUGUACUAUUUCCUCUUCAACCUCUCCUCCAUGGAUCUCUGUUACUCAUCUGUUUUCACUGCCAAAAUGCUGAUGAACUUUGUCUCAAAGAAGAAUGGCAUCUCCUAUGCAGGGUGCAUGACUCAGCUGUUUUUCUUUCUCUUCUUUGUCAUCCCUGAGUGCGACAUGUUGACUGCAAUGACCUAUAGUUGCUAUUUGGCCAUCUGUCACCCACUGCUGUAUGAGAUCACCAUGCCCCAGAAGGUCUGUUCUGGGCUAUCUCUUGCUCCCUAUGCAAUGGGCUUUUCUGGAGCCAGUGCUCACACAGGCUGCCUGCUUCUCCUGACCUUCUUCAGGGCCAGUGUCAUAAACCAUUACUUGUGUGACAUCCUGUCCCUCCUCCAACUCUCUUGCACAAGAACCUACGUCAAUGAAGUAUUAGUGCUCAUUGUGGUAGGUGUUAACAUCACAGUCCUCAGCGUCAUCACACUAAUUUCUUAUACUUUCUUGCUCACAAGCUUCCUGUGCAUCAAAUCCACACAAGGAAGAUCCAAGGCCUUCAGUUCCUGUUGCUAUCACAUCAUUGCCAUUUCUCUCUUUUGGGGGUCAGCUGCAUUCAUGCAGUUGAAAUAUUCUUCUCCUGAAUUUGUCAACCAGGGAAAAGUUUCUUUUGUUUUCUGCACCAACAUAAAACCCAAGCUCAAUCCUCUGAUCUGCAGUUUGAAGAAGGAUGUUAAAAUUGCCUUGAGGAAAGUUGGUAUUUAA